AAAGAACGGGUGGAUGUGAAACUUAGUGCUUGGUGCAUUUCUGCUGAAUGAGCUAGCAAAUUAAUGAAUAAAUGAAUGCAUGAGUAAAUAAAUGACCACGUGAAUGGUCAGUAAGUCAUGAGGGUCAAGGAAGACUUUGUAGAGAAGAUGCUGCAGCUGAGUCUAAAAAGGUUAGAGCAAAACCUGAAGCUGUUGAGGGGGGUGUGACCAUAGCUAGAGGCUUCCUCUGGGCUUCCUCCUGGUCCCGCCUCCUCCUCCCACAUGAUCGGGCUCUACCAAGUGCUAAAUCCAGAGGAACUUUUUGCUUCCAGGUACUGUCUCACCAGGGUUAUUUACUAUAACUUGCAGCCCAGGGCAAGAUCCAGGUGGAAAGACUUUUCCAUCCCCAACUUGUCAAGGCCUUUCAAAACCUCUCUGUCACCCAGAGACAGUGUAUCCAGAGCUCAACCUGGAAGAGCACAGCCAUGGUGCUCUGGGGUCCAGUGCUGGGAGUUCUGCUGGUGGCCGUCAUGGGGUACCUGUACCUGCUGGGGCUGCUUCGGCAACGCAGGCCCCAGGAGCCCCCUCUGGACAAGGGCUCCAUACCCUGGCUGGGCCAUGCCAUGUCUUUCCGGAAGAAUAUGUUUGAAUUCCUGAAGCACAUGCGGGCCAAGCACGGGGAUGUGUUCACGGUGCAGCUAGGGGGCCAGUACUUCACCUUUGUCAUGGACCCCCUCUCCUUUGGCCCCAUUCUCAAGGAUGCACAGAGAAAAUUGGACUUUGUGAAGUAUGCAGAAAAACUGGUGCUAAAGGUAUUUGGAUACCACUCAGUGCAGGGAGACCACCGGAUGAUACACUCAGCCAGCACCAAGCACCUCAUGGGGGAUGGCUUGGAGGAUCUCAACAAAGUCAUGCUGGAUAGCCUGUCUUUGGUUAUACUGGGGCCCACAGGCCGGAGUCCAGAUGCCAGUUGCUGGCAUGAGGAUGGCCUCUUUCACUUCUGCUACAACGUCUUGUUCAAGGCUGGCUACCUGAGCUUGUUUGGCUAUACAAAGGACAAGGAGCAAGACCUGCUACAGGCAGAGGAGUUAUUCGCCCAGUUCCGCAAGUUUGAUCGCCUGUUCCCCAGGUUUGUUUACUCCCUGCUGGGGCCCCGAGAGUGGCUAGAAGUGGGCCGGCUCCAGCGUCUCUUCCAUAAGACACUUUCUGUGAAACACAACCUGGAGAAGGAUGGCAUGAGCAACUGGAUAUCCUACAUGCUUCAAUUUCUGAGGGAGCAGGGAGUAGCUCCGGCCAUGCAGGACAAGUUCAAUUUCAUGAUGCUCUGGGCCUCCCAGGGGAACACGGGGCCUACCUCUUUCUGGGCCCUCUUGUUCCUCCUGAAGCACCCAGAAGCCAUGCAGGCUGUGAGGGAGGAGGCUGUGCAGGUCCUGGGGGAGGCCAGGCUGGAGGCUAGGCAGUCCCUCAACUUUGAGAUCAGUGCCCUGCACCGCACUCCAGUGCUGGACAGUGUGAUGGAAGAGACACUACGGCUGGGGGCUGCACCCACCCUCCUCAGGGUAGUGCACGGUGACCACAUCCUGAAGAUGGCCAAUGGGCAGGAGUACCUGCUCCGCAAUGGAGACAUUGUGGCCCUCUUCCCUUACCUUUCAGUGCAUAUGGACCCUGACAUCCACCCUGAGCCCACUGCUUUCAAGUAUGACCGCUUCCUCAACCCCAAUGGUAGCCGAAAAGUGGACUUCUACAAGGCAGGCAAGAAGAUCCACCACUAUACCAUGCCGUGGGGCUCGGGCGUCUCCGUCUGUCCUGGGAGGUUCAUGGCCCUCAGUGAGAUGAAGCUUUUUGUCCUGCUCAUGGUCACACACUUUGACCUGGAGCUAAUGGACCCUGACACACCUGUGCCACCCGUGGACCCCCAGCGUUGGGGCUUUGGCACCACACAGCCCAGCCAUGACGUGCGCUUCCGCUACCGCCUGCGGCCUACUGUGUGAGCUCUGCCAAGGUGGCUGCAGGCCUGGCCAGAGGGGCUCUCUUAGGGUCUCCACCUCCUCUUGUCCCUCUGACCAGACCCAGACCCCCACUGACCACCCCUCCUUCUGAUUCUGUGGGACCUCCUACCUCUGUCCUGAUUGCCCUCCUUGCUCUCUGGUCUCCUUCUAGUCACCUCAUAGGCCUAUCUUUAA